AUGGGCCCCUGUACCGCCUCCUCAUGCUGCUGCCAGGCCCCUAAUCUGCCAUGGGCCCCUGUACCGCCUCCUCAUGCUGCUGCCAGGCCCCUAAUCUGCCAUGGGCCCCUGUACCGCCUCCUCAUGCUGCUGCCAGGUCCAGAGUCUCUCAUGGGUCCCUGUACGGCCUCCCAUUGCUGCUGUCUCCAUCGCCACACUCUGCCAUGUGCCACUUUCAGGUCUCCUCACACUGCUGGUGUGUUCCAUUUUUUGUCAUAGGGUGCUGGCAGAUUACGGGCCUCCCAUAGCUGCUGCCAGGCCCCUAAUCUGCCAUGGGCCCCUUUACCGCCUCCUCAUGCUGCUGCCAGGUCCAGAGUCUCUGGGUCCCUGUACGGCCUCCACAGCUGUCUCAUGCCAUCUGUGCCACUUUCAGGUCUCCUCA